GGGGGGGGGGGCUGAUAGUGAGGCCAAGGCUCGCAGCUCUCCCAUCACAACUGGGGAAGGUUUAGAGUCACGGCCAACCUCUCUUGGCGCUGUGACUGCAGUCUCGCUUGGUUUUGUUUUUUUUUUUUUUCCCUUCCAUUUUAUUAUUAAGCAUUUUUGGUAAAAAAUGGUAAAAAAACACGUAACAUAAAAGCUACCAUUUUUAGUUUACGGUUCAGUAGUAUUAGGUGUAUUCCCAUGGUGGUGAAACAGAUCUCCAAAACUUUUUCAUCCUUCAAGUCUGAAACUCUACCCCCUUUCAACACCACCUCCCCUCCCCCCUCUUCCCCCUGCCCCUGGUAACUGCCAUGCUACUUUCUGUGUCUAUGAAGUUGACGACUUCGAUUCCUCGUAGAAGUGGAAUCGCUCAGUAUUUACCUUUUUGUGACAGGCUCAUUUCGUUUAGUAGGACGAGUUUCAAGUUUCAUCAGUGCGGCAGCUUGCGAUAGGAUUUCCUUCCUUUUUAAGGCUGAAUAAUAUUCCAUUGAACGUAUACGCCCCGUACUCCUCGUCCAUUCAUCCGUCGAUGGACAUGUUGUUUCCACGUCUCGUGACUAGAGCUGCAGUCAACGUCCACAUGCAGAUAUCUCUUCAAGAUCCCGAUUUCACUUCGUCUUUCGAUAUCUACUCAGAAGUGGAAUGACUAGGUCAUACGGCAGUCCUGUGUUUAAUUUUGAGGGGAACCUCCGUUAGGCGUUUCACAGUGGCCGCACCAGCUUACGGCCCCACCCCUCACCCCCGACAGGGCACAAGGGUCUCGAUUUCUCCACAUCCUCAUCCACCCUUCUCAUUUUCUGUUUUGUUUUCGUUUGAUAGCAGCCAUCCUAGGGGACACGAGGUGAUAGCUCACCGUGGUUUUGAUUUGCUUUUCUCUGGCGCUGAAUGAUGUGAGCAUCUUUCCGUGUUUGUUGGCCAUUUGUAUACCAACUUUGGAGAAACGUCUGUUCAAGUCCUCUGCCCAUUUUUUAAUUGAGUGAUCUGAUGUUUUGUUCUUGCCAGAGUUCUUUAUAAUAUUCUGGACACUCCCCCCUCAUCAGAGAUCCGAUUUGCACGUAUGUUCUCCGGUCUGCGGUCUGUUGCCUUUUCGCUCUUCGCUCUUCUGAUUGUGUCCUUUGACUUACGAAAGUUUGCAAGUUCGACGUGGUUCCAUUUGUCUAUCUUUGCCUUUGCUGCCUGUGCUUCUGGCAUCAUAUCCAAGAAAUCACUGCCAAGUCCGAUGUCAUAAAGCUUUCCCCUGGUUUUCUUCUAGGAGCUGUCCAGUUUUAGGUCUUUAAUCCCCUUGCUCGGUUUUAUCCUGCCCCCCACCCCCUCCUCAUUUCUCCUCCUUCCUGUCGCUCACCCCCAGGAUUCUCUUCCAUUCUUACCACCUCUCCUCCUACCCCUUUACAGCGUCCACCUGCCUGUCUCUCCCCACGUUUCUGCCUUUCUUCCCCGACGACCCGUACAGGACCUCCCCGCUCCCAAUCCUUCUCCAACCUUCCUCUUGCCCUCCCCGUCUCGGAGCUGUCUCCUUCCUCCUCCCUCGGCCCCCCUCAACUUCCCCUUCUCUCCUCCAGGCUCCGGACUGGAACCCUGACCAUGGGACCUUGAAGUGGCUCUCACCUCCUCAGCUCAGUGGCAGACCCCACUCCCCCAGGCCCUUCCUGCCCCUCCCACAACCAGCUUGGAGGCUCCCGGAGGGAGGGGUGGGGAGGGGAUCCUGAUCUCACCGGGCAGGGGGCCUCCAUCAUGAUGCUCAACUCAGACGCGGUGGACCUCGACCUGCCUCCCACCCACUCCGAGACCGAGUCGGGCUUCAGCGACUGUGGGGGCGGGGCGGGCCCCGACGGGGCGGGGCCUGGGGGUCCCGGAGGAGGCCAGGCCCGGGGCCUGGAGCCCGGAGAGCCCGGCCGGAAAGACCUCCAGCACCUGAGCCGGGAGGAGCGGCGGCGGCGGCGCCGGGCCACGGCCAAGUACCGCACGGCCCACGCCACGCGGGAGCGAAUCCGCGUGGAAGCCUUCAACCUGGCCUUCGCCGAGCUGCGCAAGCUGCUGCCCACGCUGCCCCCCGACAAGAAGCUGUCCAAGAUCGAGAUCCUGCGUCUGGCCAUCUGCUACAUCUCCUACCUGAACCACGUGCUGGACGUCUGACGGGGCUGCCUCGGCCUGGCUGGGGUCCCCCCGGCCCUC